AUGGAACGCAAACAAACACCGGCAGCUAUGAAAGUUGAACGCAGCCAGGACACGCAAAAAGCUCGACAACAGGAGAAAGACGGCAAGUCAAACAGGUCCACAGUUCAGCAAAAUAAACUGAAUAAAUACGAGAGAGAUCCACAAACCCCUGUAUCGACAGAUGUUGCAAAGGGUUGCAAGCCUACGGGGCCCAGCAAACACCUGCGGCGAUCGGCCACCAAAAGCAAUCGGUUCUGGCAGUAUAAACUGGGAUCGACAGUGAAACACCACGGUUCCUCUCUCAAUGACGAUGAUGACACUAGGCAUUUCUACCGGAAUGUGUUGGAGCUAAACAGGGCUACCAACUGGAUGCGCUGA